AUGGAUCGGGGCGGAUUGGGGCCGCUGUCGGCUCCAGUUGCACCUCAAAUUUACAGCUGGCCUCUGCACAGAAUCAACAGCACCAUGGUCGAUUACUACCAAGCACUGGGUGUCCCACAAACCGCCUCUUCGGUUGACAUUAAAAAGGCGUACAGAAAAAAUGCACUGAAAUGGCACCCAGAUAAAAACCCAGGGAAUAAGGAAUGUGCUGAGAAGAGGUUCAAGGAGAUAGCAGAAGCCUAUGAGGUGCUAUCGGACAGUAAGAGAUCAGCUCCUUUUCUCCUUUCACAUUUUUUUGCAGGAAUUCCAGGAACUCAUAUAUCUGAGAAACGUCCAGUGUGCUCUCAUUAUAAACGUGAUCUUUAUGACCUCUACGGCAUUGAAGGACUUAUAGGUGCAAGUACAGGAACUGAUCAUUAUCAGAGCACAGGCGAGACUCCUGACUUCAUGUUCACCUUUCGUGAUGCUGAUGAGGUCUUCAGGGAAUUCUUUGGGGAACAAGAUCCUUUCACAGAACUCUUUGAUGACUUUUCUCCAUUUGUAGAUCAGGAUGACGGUAUGUCUCAGUUGAUCAUGCCUGGAGGUGUCACCUACUCCUAUUACUCCCAUACUUCCCCGGGCCAGACAGACUUCUUCACUACCUUUGGACCCGGUGCUGAAAUGGGAAUUGGCUUCAAUUCCAUCGCUACAACUACCAAGUACAUCAAUGGCAAGCGCAUAACUACCAGGAGAAUUUUUGAGAACAGACAGGAGAAGGUGGAGAUUAAUGAGGACGGGGAGCUCAAAGUGGCAGAAGUGCAUGGCCGUGGCAACAACAUGAAGGCCAGAGAGGAACAAAUCAGCCAGGAGCAGCCAGAGGUCCUGAGCUCUGCUAUUGACAUCCUGGUUCCAGUGCGCUCGCAAAGUGCUGAGUCCGCUCGUGUCUACCCUGAGGAUGAUGACAAGGACCUGCACCGGGCCAUGGCUUACAGUCGGUCUGAGAUGGAGAAUGUGGGGGCGCACCCAGUUAAUCCCCACAGCCUUAAGAAGAGGCGAGGCAGUACUCGGCGGGCACACAAAAGAAUACUAGGACCCAGUGAGGAAGUGGGUGGUCCUUUGGUCUCUUGCACCAUGGCCAUCAGAGCUAAAAGUCCAGGUGGGGGAGACAACAAGAAGGGAACAGAGGACAAGGUGGCUGAAGGACCAAAGGCAGGAGGCAGCACAGGAGCACCAAGGAGUCGUCUUGUGCGCGAGGAGAAUGAUUCUGCUCUUAGGGGCAUCCAGUGUGUCAUUCCUGAGAUAGUUCCUGCCCGCAGAGAUAGGGAAUCUGUCAUGUGCAUCAUUCUCUGA